CCCUUUUCUUCUUCCCCAAAUCACUCAACCGCCCCGCCGGUCCCUCUCCUCUCCUCUCCUCUCCCUCCGACGCACACGACGGUCUUUCUUUACACCUCUCUCUAUCUCUCUAUUUAUAAGAUUUCACCGAAGAAUCGAAUCAGCGAUGGCGUCUAUGCAGGCGGACAUCGAUCGGGUGAAAGGUCCAUGGAGUCCUGAGGAAGACGAGUUGCUGCGAAUGCUAGUGAAGAAUCAAGGCGCUCGGAACUGGUCGCUUAUCAGUCAGUCGAUUAACGGCCGGUCAGGUAAAUCCUGCCGUCUGCGGUGGUUUAAUCAGCUCUGUCCUGGCGUGGAGCGCUGCGCUUUCACGGCAGAGGAGGACGAAAUCAUCGUAGAAGCCCACGGAAAGUACGGAAACAAGUGGGCGACGAUUGCUAGGCUUCUGAAUGGACGAACAGACAAUGCGAUCAAGAAUCACUGGAAUUCGACAUUGAAACGCAAGUUCAGUUCAAUUACGGAGAAGAAAACUGACUGUACGAGUCAAGGAUCGACGGUUUCGGUUUUGAAUCAGUGUUUGAGUCCGUCCGAAUCCGAAACGAGCGAUUCGAUUCCGAGUACGGAGAUGGAACCGUCGACUCGGUUAACUCUGUGUCUUCCAGGAACAGAUCAGUUAUCGCCGGUGCGGCGGCAGCAGAGUAUUUCAUCGGAGGAUAGGAUGGAAGAGAGAGAGAGACAGAAACGGGCGUGUUUUGGUGAGGAAUUCAUGAGUGUGAUGCAGAAGAUGAUUAAAGAAGAGGUGAGGAAUUACAUGGCGGAAUAUGAAGAAUUAAUUAGGAAAACAGGGUAAAGGAAUUAAGGAAUGAGGAAGAAGAAGAAGAAGAAGAAGAAGAAGAAGAAGAAAUUAAUUAGGAUUGAAGUGAAGAAGAAGAAGAAGAAGAAAUUAAUUAGGGUUGAAGUGAAGAAGAAGAAGAAGAAGAAGAAACAGGUUGUUUUUGGUAUUUGCUUCCUCUGUUUUUUGAGCUGCUUCUGUUUUAUACACAUUGGACUCAAAAACUCCAUUGUUACAGUUUCUUUCCUUUUCUCCCUUUGUUUUGAAUUUGUUUCCAACAGGAUUUUCAGGGGAGGUAAAUGCAUAGUUCAACAAAAUCUUCAUUGGAUUCACUUUAAAAUAGGCACUUUUUCUUCAAUUUUGGUAGGAAAUUUUUUUAUCCUUUUCUCAUUUUAUUAAAUUUAUUGAUACCAUAAAUUUUAGAAAUUGAAGAAACAAUAUUUGUUAUACAUGGUGCAUAUUUUCACUUGUGUGGUGAUUUUUUUUUUUUUUUUUUAAAAAAGGAAGUUCCAGCUUCACUAUGGGACAUAGUUUGUUACCUUAUAAUGCUUAUUUAGCUUCCAUUCUUAUAGUUGUUUUCAAGUCAUUAUUGUUACUUUAGUAAAUGCCCUAUUUGUUUUUAUACAACAAUUUGGAAAACAUAUCAAUGUGGGAAUCACUUUGGCUAUACAUUCUCCAAACACAUAAUUUAGAAAAGUCCUGUUUACUGAACAUUUGAAAAUUAAAUUCAUAAUUCUAUGUUCUCUAUUUUUUUAUCAAUCCAAAAUUUCAAAUUUAAAAAAAAAAAUUAUAUUUUUUUAAAUCCGCAAGUGUUGGCCGACAUAGGUCGCCGGAAAUGGGCAGAGGCCGUCACCAGAGGUGGUGGAUGUUGGCUAGAGUG